UCCCUUUGUCUCUCACCCCUCUGCCUCCCAAAUUUAUCAUCCCAAUCCUCACUUUCAUCUUCGCUUUCGCUAUCCCUCUUUCUAGUCUCACUCCCCUUCCGGCACCACCUCACUCACUUUAUUUAUUCGCUCUCCCUGUCUUUCCCCUUUCUCGCCCCCAUCCACUCCCAUUUUCUCGCCCAUCGCUGCAAUCGCUCACUCCUCACUCUCCUGCUCUGUCUCUUUGGCUCUCUCCCCUCACUUCCAUCUCUCCUUCACUUCCAAUCCCUACCUCUCUGCCCUCUCUUUCCGCACUCUAUAUUUAUUUGUCUCUCUCUGUGCUCGCCCUUCCCCCAUUAUUUACGGGUCUCUCCUCCUUUCAUUUCUCUCUCUCUCAUUCUCACACUUUCAACCUCAGACCGUCAGACCUCCACCGACACAGAGCUGAACUUUGGGAUAGAUGAACCUCUCAGCGAUGAGCGUGAGGACCCUCCAAUUGCCUCGGGACACGGCGAGAUGCGAGUCACUGUACAGACAGCUGCGCAUGAACAACAGUCGAAAGUGAAGAUCGGAAAUAGACCGUACCGUCUGAUCUGCCUACUCUGCCUAGUUACAUCCGCCCUCAUCGUGAUAGUGGUCGGACUCUCGAUCCAUGGUGAGUGGAACGGUCUCCGAGUGCAGUCAGACCGAAUGCACAGCGAUCUCCGUCACCAGUUCACUGAGAUGGAAACGAAGUACAGAUCUGUCAACGAAACCAAGGCUCAAAUCUGUGAAUUGUUGACCAGCAGAAGAGAGCAAACGUGUUCCAAGGACUGGAUGAAAAAUAAAGACCGGUGUUAUUACGUAUCCACGUUUGAAGCAUCUUUCCGCCAAGCGAUGGAAGAAUGUUCAAACCGUGACUCAAGGCUGCUGGAAAUCAAUUCAAGGGAUGAAGCGAGCUUUGCAUCCAACAAACUGUUGUACCGAAACAUUGCACUCUGGAUUGGAAAAUGCGAAAACGGGUGAGAUUUGUACUGA